CAAUGAUGAAGUCGUCUCGAGACGUCAACACACGACAAGGUGGUCUCAUCUGCCUUGAACAGCAUCACCUGUACAAUUCACUCGUGUCGUUCAUUGAAUUGGUGCACUACUGCUGCAUCAUGGAUUUCCUUCAGCGCCUCGCGCGCUUUCUAGACCGUCCGCUCUUCCCCUGGAAGAAUCUUCUCGUUGGCUUCUCUGUCGGACAAUUCGUCUUUGAGAGCUUCCUUUCUCUCCGUCAGUACCGCGUUCUGCAGCAAAAGAAGCCGCCGAAGACUCUCGAAGGAGAGAUCUCCCAAGAGGUUUUCGACAAGAGCCAGGGAUAUGGGCGUGCCAAGGCCAAGUUUGGCUUUAUUGCAUCUCUCUACAGUCAGAUCCAAAACAUUGCAUUCGUCUAUCUCGAUAUUCUCCCGAAACUCUGGAGCGUCACCGGUAUACUGCUGGCCCGUUACUUUCCUACGCGGUUCUCGGGCGAGAUUACCCAUUCUCUGAUAUUCUUCUUUGCCUUUAACAUCAUUUCGACUAUACUCGCAUUGCCGACCUCGUACUACAGCACCUUUGUCCUGGAGGAGAAAUGGGGCUUCAACAAGCAGACCGUCAAGCUCUGGGUAUCCGACUUGUUAAAGGGACAAGCAUUGAUGGUUGUUUUGGGCACUCCUCUUCUCAGUGCUUUCCUGGCAAUUGUUCAAAAGACCGGCAACAGCUUCUUCUUCUACCUUUGGCUUUUUGGAAUGGGCGUGCAGGUCUUUGCCAUUACCAUCUACCCGAUUGCAAUCUUGCCAUUGUUCAACAAGCUCUCUCCGCUCGAAAAGGGCCCGCUCAAGGAGGGUGUCGAGUCCUUGGCGAAGCGCCUGGAGUUCCCCUUGCACGAGCUUCACGUCAUUGACGGAAGCAAGCGGAGCGCUCACAGCAACGCCUACUUUUACGGUCUGCCAUGGAAGAAGCACAUUGUCAUCUAUGAUACUCUGAUUGAGAAGAGCGAAACGGAAGAGGUUGUGGCAGUUUUGAGCCACGAGCUUGGCCACUGGAGUCUCGGCCACACCACCAAGCUCUUUGGAAUUGCUCAGUUCCACAUGUUUUACAUUUUCGCCCUCUUCUCGGUAUUCAUCAACAACCGAUCGCUGUACCAGGCGUUUGGCUUCCACAACCAAUACCCUAUUAUAAUUGGUUUCAUUCUCUUCUCCGACGCUCUCGCGCCUCUCGACACCGUCGUGAAGCUGCUCAUGAACAUUCUCAGCCGCAAGUUUGAAUUCCAAGCUGAUGCAUUCGCCGUCAAGCUGGGCUACUCUGCCGAGCUCGCCAAGUCUCUGAUCAAGCUGCAAGUUCAGAAUCUGAGCACCAUGGAUGCCGACCCGAUCUAUGCCAGCUACCACUUUUCCCACCCCAUUCUGCCCGAGCGUCUCGGCGCUCUGGGAUGGUACAGCGAAAAGGCUGGUGGCAAGAAGAAGGAAGAAGACACUGUUGGUAAGGCAACAGGCCGCGAGCUUUGAAUAAGUUACGGCAAAACUUUUAUUUCUUCUAGUUGAUAUACAUCAAAACAGUAUGCUCCACAGAAGAGGAGCGUAAUAGCAUGUUUUAGAAAAGAAAGAGUAUACCUGUAAAA